AUGUCCUCACUUCCGAGCAAACCGAGUCAAAAAAAUGGUUUACUUUUCAAGUUAAAAGCAAAACUGCUGGCGUGUUUCGGUGACACAACCGCACACGGCUAUGGACGAGUGGCUAACGCAGAUUCCCGACCUUUAAGGUGGUUCUGGAUUUUGGUUUGUGCAGCCGCAGUCGCAGCUUUUUUUCAGCAGCUCUGUGGUAUAACAAAACAAUACAUGUCAAGGCCUCUAAAAGUUAGAGCAAGCAUUGGACACGAGGAGGUAAAAACAUGUCAUGUUUAUUCAUAAACAAAGUGAUUUUUAUUUUCAUGGAGACAAAGAAUCUGUUUUGUAAACUGAGUUCUUCAUCCAUUUACGUCUUAUCUCAUAAACAUGAACUGUAUUUUUUUGUACAUCCGUAGUCGUACCACAAAAAAUCAUAACUAGCCGCCAUAAUGGAAAUAUCAUUACUUCAGCCCAGUCCCUAAGCUCUCCCUGUAAUGUGAAACGCUAUUUUGAGCUGUUACGUAACCUAGAGGCACUCGCCAAAUAUGCAGUCUCUCGCCAACCCCUUUCAGACCUCUUAGCAUGGACAACCAAACAAGAGAGAGGCCUUAGUAUUAGUUUGGGCCCCUACUUGUUAUUGUUGUCGUUUUGUUUUUUUUUUUCUUCUUCAUAUUUAUUAAAAGCCAAUACCAAUACGUCACUAACAUUGGACACCUUUUAGAUUUGAUAAGAUUAGUACUGACCGUAUGCGCUGAAAUUUUUCUUCUCUAGAAACUCACGUUUCCCCAAGUCACCAUUUGCAAUUUAAACAUGAUUCGUCGAUCACAUAUUCCAGUGGACAUUGUAACAGAGUUUCCUCAGAUAUUGGACGGACGUAAGGCUCAGCUCAAUGUUAAAAUAAUGCCAUAGAUCUUUUUUAAUUUAGCUUAACCUGGCCACUUGUCUUUUUCGUCUCUCGUACUAUAAUUGACAGUAGCUUAUUACCAUGGUUUUCAGCGUUACAUCCUGAGCGUGAGUUUCUAUUAAUUAAUUAAACAUAAUGCAUAUCGUUUCACAUAAAGGCCGUGUGAGGUAGAUAUGAUUUCUAUCUCCACAUUAAAUACAAAUGGUUGUACAUCAUUUUGUUAAAGGAAUCAUCAAAAAAAAUUCUUCAUCAGCUAUAAACAAGACAUCCUUUGAUUCCAGUGAAGGAAAUACGGUGCCUAACUAUUCUGAACUUCCGGAGGAAGAGAAAAUCAUUCAAAGUGUUCUGCAAAAGUUGGCUGAUAGACCGGAAGAGAAGCUUAUGAAGUAUGGCCAUCAAAUAGAAGACAUGAUACUCAGCUGCAAGUUUCAUGGACGUGAAUGUCUGUAAGUUGAAUGAGGGCCUCUUACCACUAUGAAUGAUGAUCAAUGUCCAAAAUAUCGGCCUCCCAGCACAUUUUUGGUGACGGUUCUAAAUCUGAUUCACGGGUGAAUUCAACGAGUGCCAAAUUAUGCCAGAUCUUUACAGAGAUUGAUGAAGGGCUAACCCUCAAAACGUCAGUCUUUUUACUCUUUUCGGUGGCCAAUUCACGUUUUCGACUCAGUUGUUAACACUGAAUUACCUGUUAUAAUCUCCCACCGACGCAACACCACAGUUUCUUUGAAAACUUACCCCCUUUAUGCUCUAAAUAAUUAAUGCAAAAUAUACCAUUACUAAUGUUUAUGUCCCCUUGAAAACCGUGUCGAAUACCCAGUAGUUGUUAAUCUCACAAUUGUAGUCCAGUCCUCGAAUUGGUAAAGCUGGCUCAUUACGAGUUAUGCCGGAAACCUUGAUGGUACAAUUUUCGUUACAUGUGUUUCUGGUUUAAGGGACAAACAUGCAGACAUGCGCAAAUACUGGACACAGUUCUGGCACACACGUUAUGGAAAUUGUUAUUCCUUCAACAAAGGAAUGGACAAGAAUGGGACAUAUACACCUCUAAUGACAUCAGCACAGACCGGCAUAGGUCAGUACCGAAGUAUACCUCAUUUACUUGCACUCGAUGCAUACAUAGAACUUUGCCUCAUCUAAAUUCAAAAUCUUUUCAUAGUAAAUUCAUUUCUUUGAUAAAAGAAGAUGACGAACAGUGGGAGGAGGAUUAGUGCCGAAGAAAUGAUUUACAUCAUGUGUAUUCUCUGUCAGGUUUGACCCUGGAGAUAGACAUUGAACAAGAUCAGUAUAUAAGUCAACUUUCCCAAGAGUCUGGCGUCCGAGUUUCCAUUGGAGGACAGGGAGAGAUGCCUUUUCCUUAUGAACAAGGAAUAAGUGCGUCUCCUGGAUAUUCUACAGCCAUUCAGCUUCGUAAGGUAAGAUACUGAACUACAAUGUCUUUUUCGCAACAUCUCAGUCAAGAGCGUGUAUGUCAGUGAGGAUAGAAGUGCUUUCAAAGGCAAAUCGCGGUGAGAAGUGUAGUAUUAAUUCCCAAGGGUAAAUCAAUAAAUUCUAUGUGGUGUUAGUACCCAAUGACGACGAAUUCAUUUGUAUAACUUUUCUACCUUUCCCAUGGAUGAAGGAAAUUAAUUCUAACGUUGCCAUAAAGCGGUCAAAAUCCUUUCAACUGUUACCAAACCUAAACAAAAAUGCGAAUAAAAAACAAUGAAAUCCACAACGAAGUAAAACUUAGGUUAGAACAUAUUUCAGUGAAAAGGUAGUCACUUCCAGUUAUCUCACAGGUACUGAGCAAUUAUUGGCCGAUAUGCGGUAGAAUUCUGCAGCUGUGGUUUUUUUUUGUAGGUGAUGAUUAAAAGACUCGAUCCAUUCCGUAACAAAAGCUGUGAGAGCAGAAACGAUCGAUUCCAGGAAAGCAUAUUUGGACGAUAUAAUGUGACUUAUACUACCACUGUGAGAUUCUUAUUUAUAUCACGUAAUUAGUUUCAAAUCUCAUUGGAUUUACAGCAGAGUCCGCCGUCAAGUUCGUUGUAAUCGAUCUUGCUUACGUUUUGUAAUCUGAGAAGGUUUUAUAAAGACUCGAUCCAUGGUGUUGCAAUGACUGAUAUCUCAAGAAAGAGUUGUGUUCUGUUUUCAGGCUUGCAAGAUAUCUUGUUUGGUCCAAGCGAUGACAUCCAACUGUGGUUGUGUCAUCUAUGAGCUGAAAUACAAUAACAUGUCUGUUUGUUACAUGGAAAACACAAAAAUAGGUAUGCGGUAUCUCUUAGGUUCCAUGCACUGCUUGUUGCAAAGGAGAGAUUUUGUCAUAAUAUAAAAACAACGAAUAACUUAAAUAAAAGCUCUAGCCAAACACAACACAUCGCGAGCUGCGUCUGAUGAACUCACCUUAGCAUGGAAUUUAUCUUUCUAUUUCUAAUUUUCAGUCAAAUGUAUUAACAAGGUUUACAAGAGCUUUGACAAUGGAAAUUGUUCCAAAUGCCAAGAAAGGUGCAGGUAAUGUUAUAUGGCACUGGUCUUACCACUUCUACGCAUUUUAUCAUGCUCGUGUUGUCAAUGCAUACCAACUGUAAUCAUUUGACUGCUUUCUUUUCCAGGGAAGACAUAUUCAAGACAACAGUAUCCCUUGCAAAAUGGCCGUCAAUACAAUAUCGUGUAAGUAGAAUUGGAUUUUUAGUUGAUUUUCUUCGACGCUGUAACAUCUCAAAUUAAAUUUAAUUCACACACCAUCUGAAAUUUUUGUCAGUAAUAUGUUUUCUUUCACGUGUAGGACACUCUUAUUGCAAAAACACAUGAAGAACAUAAUCGCAAUCACUCAGAAGAGACAAGGUAAAUACACAUUUCUCGUCGUUAGAAGUGAUCAGGAUUUGUCCCCAUGGAGUAGUACUGGACGAAGAGAGAUCGAUACCUAAGUCAUUGGUUUGACGGAUAAAUAUCAGUAUCUGGGCAACUGCCCACCUGCCCCUCCCUUAACCCAACAUUAACCUUAACUUGUUGUCAAUUGACUGUUGUUGAGUUAGGGGAAGGAUAGGUGGGCAGUUGCCCAGAUACUGAUAUUGAUCCGGUUUGACAAGGGAAUGAGAGCUCACAUAUUCUGGCUUGGCCUAAAAAAAAAUUUGGACACAAGCUUAACUUAAGUACGCUGGGUUAACAAGUGAAACUCUGCUCACUGAGUCGUUAUGUUCUUCUGCAGUGACCACUUUCUGAAGCUGAAGAUCUACUAUGGAGAACUUGAUUUUGAAGUCAUUGAAGAGGAAGAAGCUUACACGGUAUGUAGACAAAUUUAUGAUUAUUCUCCUUGUUCACCACAAGGCAUAACUCUUUCUCAUAACUGUCAAGAGACGGAUAAACGGAUCUGCAAACUGAGUCCUGACAGGUGCAGGAAUGAGUAGACAGGCUGACUUCACUUAAUUGAAAAAGAUACUAAUCAGUCCAUAUCGCUUGUCAUCUCAUUUUCUUUUCUUCUUUUGUAAUUCGUGCUGCUGGGUUUUGGAUCGCAGGCACUGUAUAUCUUACUCUAUCGUUGUCGACACAGUAGCCAUGGCAAUGCUUUUUAAGAUUGUUUUUUUUUUACUUUUCUUUUUUUUUCUUUCGGCUAUCACCUUCGCCUUUACUUCAGUUUUGAGAAUUUUUUGCAUUUGCCUUUGAUUUGCGCGUUAUAUCCAUUAAUUUUAUCUUGUAUGAAGGUAAGUUUGACUGCAUCUAAUGCAAAUAAUAUCAUUAUUUUCCAACAGAUGCCAAGUUUUCUGUCUGAUAUUGGUGGUCUGAUGGGAAUGUGGAUCGGGAUUUCAGUGUUAACUAUUGUGGAGUUAUUAGAACUUAUUGCAGUUUUGUUUAUCACAGUGUUUAAGAUGUACUCCAAGAAGGCGAACAGAGUGAGAGAUAUAAACGAUAACAGUGUAGAGGGUCAUUAA